CAACACUGCAUCCUUACGCAUGUCUAUCUCCCUCCACCAAUAAUUCAACAUCCCCACCAGUCACUCUCUUUAUAAGACAUAACCCCAAUCCUUCUUUGUUUUGUCUGUUAUACCACAAUGGCUCUCUGGCUCUCCCCCCUCCUCCGUUUCCGUCUCACAGCCCAGUGGCCUCUCGUCAUCUUUGCCACCACUUGGACCAUGCUUCUCACUUUCACGGUGGCCGUCGCCUCAUUCUCGCCGGAGGCUGCUUUCGUUUUGGCCAUUUCCCCCUCUUCCUCCUUCUCCAGCAAGUGCAAGAUUGAGUCCUCCAUUAGAGUGCCCUUGGAUGUUCCGGGAGACAUCCUCUGUUUUCCUCCUCACCUCUUUACUAAGUCCAAGAUUGAUUUCCUUGUCCCGCCCGUGUUUGCCGCCGUCAUUGUCGCUGCUUCUGCUUGUCUUGUUCGGGCCCUGGGGCUGUGGCAGCAUGAUCCAACCCCUUGACUUCUGUAUCACUUGACUCUUCCUUCUGAAUUACUUUUUAGGUAUAUCAGAUUAAGGUGCUGUACAUAUUCUUCGUUAUAAUUACAUCGUUUGCCCCCGUUAGUGCAAUAAAAUACUAGAUUGAUCUGAUUGUCCCUUUCCCAGCUGUAAUAUGUAUCAGAUUACUCGUUCAGAAUUAGAUUAGAUAGAUUUAAGGCACACGGUUUACUGAUAUCGAUUACCAAGUCCUUUAAUAAAACACCCAAUGGCAGAAAUUUACAUUUUUCCC